UGUGCUGUCAUCCUGGGCAUCUUCAUCCAUCACCGCAGCACCCCAAUGGUGUGUGCAAAUAAUUCAGAACUCAGCUUCCUGCUCUUGGCUUCAAUGAAGUUAUGUUUCCUUUGCUCUUUGCUGUUCAUCAGACGACCCAGAGCAUGGACGUGCCAGCUGAGACAAGCAGCGUUUGGCAUCAGCUGUGUGCUUUGUGUGACGUGUAUCCUGGUUAAAACCAUGGUGGUGCUGACGGUGUUCAAGGCCUCCAAGCCAGGAGGGAGAGCCACUCUGAAGUGGUUUUGCUCUGUGCAGCAGAGAGGGACAGUUCUGAUUCUAACUUCUGUUCAAGCAGCGAUCUGCACUACCUGGCUUGUGUCUGCUUCACCAGCUCCUAAUAAAAACACCCAGUACCACAAUGACAAGAUAGUGUAUGAGUGUGUAGUCGGCUCCACGAUCGGCUUUGCAGUGUUGCUUGGCUACAUUGGAUUACUGGCUGUGCUCAGCUUCCUGUUAGCUUUUCUGGCGAGGAAUCUUCCCGACAACUUCAACGAGGCCAAACUCAUCACUUUCAGCAUGUUGAUCUUCUGCGCAGUGUGUGCCUUCAUCCCUGCUUACGUCAACUCACCAGGCUAAUACGCAGAUGCGGUGGACGUAUUUGCAAUCCUGGCCUCUAGUUUUGGCCUCUUGGUGGCGCUGUUUGGACCCAAAUGUUACAUCAUCCUAUUGAGACCAGAGAGGAACACAAAGAAAGCCAUCAUGAGUCGAGGCCACACAGAGUGA